AUGGCAGCUACUCGGGAGGGAGAGAUGAUGACAGGCAAGGCAGGGAAGGCAGGCAAGGUAGGGAAGGCACGCAAGGUAAGGAAGGCAGGCAAGGCAGGGAAGGCAGGCAAGGUAGGGAAGGCACGCAAGGUAAGGAAGGCAGGCAAGGCAGGGAAGGCAGGCAAGGUAGGGAAGGCAGGCAAGGCAGGGAAGGCAGGCAAGGUAGGGAAGGCACGCAAGGUAAGGAAGGCAGGCAAGGCAGGGAAGGCAGGCAAGGUAGGGAAGGCACGCAAGGUAAGGAAGGCAGGCAAGGCAGGGAAGGCAGGCAAGGUAGGGAAGGCAGGCAAGGCAGGGAAGGCAGGCAAGGUAGGGAAGGCACGCAAGGUAAGGAAGGCAGGCAAGGCAGGGAAGGCAGGCAAGGUAGGGAAGGCACGCAAGGUAAGGAAGGCAGGCAAGGCAGGGAAGGCAGGCAAGGUAGGGAAGGCACGCAAGGUAAGGAAGGCAGGCAAGGCAGGGAAGGCAGGCAAGGUAGGGAAGGCAGGCAAGGCAGGGAAGGCAGGCAAGGUAGGGAAGGCACGCAAGGUAAGGAAGGCAGGCAAGGCAGGGAAGGCAGGCAAGGUAGGGAAGGCAGGCAAGGCAGGGAAGGCAGGCAAGGUAGGGAAGGCAGGCAAGGCAGGGAAGGCAGGCAAGGUAGGGAAGGCACGCAAGGUAAGGAAGGCAGGCAAGGCAGGAAAGGCAGGCAAGGUAGGGAAGGCAGGGAAAGGAAGGCGAGGAGGAUGA